GACCAAAAACACAAGCAUCUUUAUUUGAAUCCACAAGGUUUUAUAUAAUGAAAAGAAAUACAUAAUUUUAAUUCAACCCAAGUGUUUUCCAAGCAGAUUGUAUUUGCUUAAAUUGCUACAGUAAUUCAAGAGACAGCCCUGUCUGGACACAGAGUUACUGUGGAUUUUUAAGAGACUCAGUUAAAGAAUUUAGGAAUUUCUGAUUCAUUAGAAGGAUUUGCAAAAUCAUCAACCCCUGAAAACUAAAGCAAAUUCAACAGGAAAAGAAAAGAACAUGGGUUUUUCAAGCCCAGUAUGUGUCCUUUUCUUCUUUUUUGGAAUCAAAGUAUAUUGCCAAUAUGAAACGUACCAAUGGGAUGAAGACAACUAUGACCAAGAGCCCGAUGAUGAUUACCAAACAGAAUUGCAAUUUCGUCAAAAUAUAGAAUAUGGAGUUCCUUUUCAUCAGUAUACUUUAGGCUGUGCCAGAGAAUGCUUCUGUCCAACUAACUUUCCAUCAUCAAUGUACUGUGAUAAUCGCAAACUCAAGACUAUCCCAAAUAUUCCAAUGCACAUUCAGCAACUCUACCUUCAGUUCAAUGAAAUUGAGGCUAUAACUGCAAAUUCAUUCAUCAACGCAACUCAUCUUAAGGAAAUUAACCUCAGCCACAACAAAAUUAAAUCUCCAAAGAUUGAUUAUGGAGUGUUUGCUAAGUUUUCAAAUCUACUACAACUUCAUCUAGAACAUAACAAUUUAGAAGAAUUUCCAUUUCCUCUUCCUAAAUCUCUGGAAAGACUCCAUCUUGGUUACAAUGAAAUCUCCAGACUGCACACAAAUGCCAUAGAUGGGCUAGUAAACUUGACCAUGCUUGAUCUCUGUUAUAAUCAUCUUCAAGAUUCUAUGUUAAAAGGCGAAAUCCUUGCCAAAAUGGAAAAACUGAUGCAGCUCAACCUGUGUAAUAACAGAUUAGAAUCAAUGCCUCCUGGUUUGCCUUCUUCACUGAUGUAUCUAUCUUUAGAAAAUAAUUCAAUUUCUUCUAUACCAGAAAAAUACUUUGAAAAACUUCCAAAACUUCAUGCUCUAAGAAUGUCACACAACAAACUGCAAGACAUCCCAUAUAAUAUUUUUAAUCUUUCCAACCUUAUAGAACUCAACGUUGGACACAACAAACUGAAGCAAGCAUUCUAUAUUCCAAGAAAUCUGGAACACUUAUACCUAGAAAACAAUGAAAUAGAAAAGAUGAAUGUUACAGUGAUGUGUCCUUCUAUUGAACUGCUACAUCACCACCAUUUAACAUACCUCCGUGUGGACCAAAAUAAGUUAAAAGAACCAAUAAGCUCAUAUAUCUUCUUCUGCUUCCCUCAUAUACAUACUAUUUACUAUGGUGAACAAAGAAGCCUGAAUGGUCAAAUGAUACAACUGAAGACACAGGUUUACAGGCGAUUCCAAGAUGAUGAUGACGAUGACAGUGAUGAGCACAGUGAGCCUGAGGGCGCUCACGAAGACCACGAGCAAGGAGGAGAAGGGCAGUUUGACCCUUAUUACGACGAAGUUCAAGAAUGGCGAUAG